UCUACGCCACGCCCAUCCUCGGGUCUAGCUCGGGACCUGUGAGUGCGGGCCGUGGCGGGCUGGCUUGGUUUUAGCGACAUCUUUGGAGAAGUUCGCAGUAAACUGAGGGGAAAACUCCUCUUUUAAUUGCUCUAAAGACCGUUGCCAAAGGGACGCAGUAGCCCUAUUUCUGUCGGGGGGCGGGGAAUGGGCAGUGUCCGCCAUCUUGGUGAAGGCACCGGGAGGCGCCUGAGCUCCGGGGUGGUCGGCUUCGCUGGCUCGAAAGCGGCACGUUAAUAAUAAAGGGAAGGUUGGCCCUCUCGCGCCCCACCUCCAUGUGCGCCCCUUCUCCCCGCCCCGUUGUCACCGCCAAGCUCGGUGGUCCCACCGCCGGCCUCGAUGGUUCUGAGCUUCUGCCUGAGGGAAGCUUAGCAGCUAGCGCCCCCCAACAGGUUUCGCUCGGCGCCGAAUGAGGGGGCAAGGGACAUGCCGACCAAUUGUGCUGCGGCGGGCUGCGCCGCCACCUACAACAAGCACAUAAACAUCAGCUUCCACAGGUUUCCCUUGGAUCCUAAAAGAAGAAAAGAAUGGGUUCGCCUGGUUAGGCGCAAAAAUUUUGUGCCAGGAAAACACACUUUUCUUUGUUCAAAGCACUUUGAAGCCUCCUGUUUUGACCUAACAGGACAAACUCGACGACUUAAAAUGGAUGCUGUUCCAACCAUUUUUGAUUUUUGUACCCAUAUAAAGUCUAUGGAACUAAAAUCAAGGAAUCUUUUAAAGAGAAACAAGAAUUGCUCACCAGCUGGACCAUCUAAUCUAAAAUCAAACAUUAGCAGUCAACAAGUACUGCUUGAACACAGUUACGCCUUUAGAAAUCCUAUGGAAGCAAAAAAGAGAAUAAUUAAACUGGAAAAAGAAUUAGCAAGCUUAAGAAGAAAAAUGAAAAUUUGCCUACAAAAAGAACGUAGAGCAACGCGAAGAUGGAUCAAAGCUACAUACGUGAUGAAAAAUUUAGAAGCAAAUAAUGUAUUAUCUAAGGGCACAUCAGAACAUAUUUUACCAAAUGCCUUAAGCAGUCUUCCUUUGGAAAAUUUCAAGAUUCUUGAGCAACAUCAGCAAGAUAAAACAUUACCAAUUCUCUAA